GUACAAUGAAUGAAGCCCGUGCACUGCAAACUUUCAACAAUGCGCAGGAGCGAUUGAACAGUUUUCUGAGAAACUACUCUCAAGAUGCAAAACAGCUUUCGUCGGAAGUGGACGCGAUUCUCUUCGAUUUACCGGAUAAUUUGCUGGAAAACGCGUUAUUUAUUCUGUGUAGGGGACAUGAGCGAAGUAUCAGAUGCGAUCCGGUGAUGAACAUGAACUUGAUAAGUUUGAUCCUCAAUCGGUUGAAGUUUCACAAGUCUGCUAAACAUCCAAGAAUUCAUCCGAUUUCAUCAUCGCGCAAGAAGGAUGUAUUUGCUUUGUUUGCCGUGAAGCAUUUUCAGCAAAUAAUUCGGUUGGUUUGUCUUGCGUUUUCUCUUCCGGACGAGAGGCUGUUGUCAUUUUACGAAUCGGAAGUCACAAGAAUGAUUCAAGAUGAAGAUUACUUAUCGGCUGUAUAUUGGACUACCGAAUUGAACCUCCCCGAACGCCUGUAUGAGCCGCUACUCUUACCAAUAGGACUACAUACGAACUUGGACAUGAUUUUAAAGAAGCUUCUUGACACGAGUGAAAGCUUGAGAAUAAAGAUAAUUGAGCAUUUGGACAAAAUGGUCGAUUUUCCACCCGGACGGUAUUUACACGUGUGUGCGUAA